AUGUCCGAUAUUGACGAUACCUCUUCGGUGGCCGCCCUCUCGGAAGCAGUUACCGAGACGGCCAGCCAACCGUCGACCCUGAACACGAGAUCCGCCGCAGCCGGAAGCACCGCGUUUGCUACUUUUCGCGGUGGACGGUCCAUCCCUACUGAAGUUAGCUUGAUGAGCAAGAUCAAGAUCCAACGCGAAGAUUACGUACCGACCGAGUGGUUACACAGGAAGAAGAGGGCGAGGAAGUCGCCUAUCGACCCGUAUGGCCGGCGGCUCACCAAAGUCGUUGGAAAUAGGGAGAAGGGGGACUUCUGGCUUUGCAACCAGUGUGAUAAAAAGAAGGAAAUAUCGCUAUACGCCCUCGUCAACAGCGGUACAAGCGGAGCGCUUCGGCACUUAAGGAAAGAUCACGAUCUUCUUGUUGGCGAGGUAGACAGCGAGACUAUAGAGUCUGAGCCACCUCGC